AUGGCACAAGGGAAGACGGUCACUGUACUCCCGAGGAAUUUCCAUCAUCCCUACACACCUUAUGAAAUUCAGCUGCAGUUUAUGAAUGCGGUCUAUAGCUGCCUCGAAGAUGGCAAGGUUGCAAUACUUGAGUCGCCAACCGGGACUGGGAAAUCUUUGAGUCUAAUAUGUGGAUCCUUGACCUGGCUGCGCAAUCAUAAGCGCAAGGAGUUCGAGGAAGACGAGAGCACAGCGAAUGAUGAAAAUGAACCGUCUUGGAUUGUUGAAUAUGCCCAGAGGCGGAGGCGCGAAGCUGCUGCUCAGAAAUUGUCAGAUCUCAAAGAAAGACUUGACAAAAUCCGCGAAGGUGAAAGAAGGCAAUUAUUGGAGUACCAGCAUGGUGAAAUCGUACGCAAGAAAAGGAAAAUAGAAUCCACCCAACACACUGCGGAUACCGAACCUGAAGCACGAUUUGCUCUAGACGACUAUGAAAGCGAUGAGGAAAAUGGGAAAACUAAUCCAGUACAAAUUCAAAACUCGGAGACUGGCUUUUCUGCAACCACGCAGGAAUUGAUGAAGAGACUUGGUAUGCCAAUCGGCGAAAAGAGGCUAGAUGAAGAGGAUGUUGAUGAUGGACCUAAGAUAUACUUUUGCUCAAGAACUCAUUCGCAACUAACCCAAUUUGCGGAAGAGUUACGAAGGGUGAAGUUACCAGCUGGAAUUCCGCCUGAGCCUAAUUCUGAAUCGGCUUCUGCAAAUAAAAAUCAGGUGGAAUUAGAGGAGGAAGUUCGUCACCUCACUCUCGGCUCGCGAAGGAACCUAUGCAUCAAUCCAGCUGUCUCAAAGCUGCGAAGCCCCACUGCGAUCAAUGAGAAAUGUUUGGAUUUGCAACAGCCUGGCGCGUCAAAAUGUCCAUUCUUGCCAACGAAAGAAGAUCAAGUCUUGGUACACGAGUUUCGCGAUCAUGUCAUGGCCAACGUUCGGGACAUUGAAGACAUGGGUGUACUCGGUAAAAAGCUGGGUAUCUGCCCUUAUUAUGCGUCCCGAUCAUCAAUUCCGCCGAGCGAGAUUAUAACGCUGCCUUAUCCGUUAUUGCUGCAGAAAUCUGCCAGAGAAUCUCUUGACAUUAAUUUGAAAGGCAACGUUGUAAUCAUCGAUGAAGCACACAACCUCAUGGAUGCGAUCAGCGCGAUAUAUUCUACAACCAUAUCGCAUAGCGUGCUAAAACGGGCUCGAACACAGCUUGCAAUUUACCUACAGAAAUUUCGAAACAGACUAAAGGGAAAGAAUAGAGUCUAUGUCACUCAAGUUGUGCGACUGAUGGACUCUAUCACGGUAUGUCUCGAGAAAAAAGAUGCUACUCUCACUGGCCAAGACGGUAUUGCUCAGCUCAGCGACUUGAUGGCCGGCAAGGGCACGGACCAAAUCAACUUGUACAAAUUAGUCCAUUACCUACAUGAGAGCAAAUUGGCUCGUAAGGUCGAUGGUUACACUUCGCAUGAACAGCAGCAGGCGGGCCAUGUAGAAUCCAAGCACCUGGCAUCAUCUCGAGAGCCCUCUAAAGGCUCCCGUGCAACAGAUAUGGAAAGGGCCAUGCCAGCUCUGAGUCAGUUUCAAGCCUUCUUAUUAGCGUUGACAAAUCCUUCUGGGGAAGGACGGAUUUUCUUCAUCAGAACAGAAGAUGGCGAGCCUUCCUUUAGGUAUAUGUUGUUAGACCCCACACAUCAUUUUAGAGAGGUUGUGGAGGAGGCGAGAGCAGUCAUCUUGGCGGGUGGGACAAUGUCACCGAUGAGUGAUUACAUGAACCAUCUGUUCAACUAUCUUCCCAAGGAACGUCUAGAAACACUCUCUUGCGGCCAUGUUAUCCCCUCUGAAAACUUGGUUGCAUGGCCAGUUGCCAAGGGGCCUUCCGGCCUCGAAUUUGACUUUACAUUCGAAAAGAGAAAGGAAGAUAAUGUGAUUGAUGAAUUGGGCCGUGCAAUCUUAAAUCUUUGCCUGGUAAUUCCAGACGGCGUGGUAGCAUUUUUCCCGAGCUAUGCAUACCUUGAAAGUGUCAUUCAACGGUGGCAGAAGCAGAUUGGCGCGAACAAAUCUAUUUGGGAAAGAUUGUCGGCGCGCAAAGAAGUCUUCACUGAAUCUAAAGGGAGUGCUAGUGUUGACGAGGUCCUGCAGAGCUAUUCUACAUCUAUUACAAAUGGCAGAGGAGGUCUCCUCUUUUCAGUUGUCGGUGGUAAAUUGUCCGAGGGAAUCAAUUUCUCUGAUAGAUUAGGACGAGGUGUCAUUGCGGUCGGUCUCCCAUUUCCAAAUGCGCAUAGUGCCGAGUGGAAAGCCAAGCUUGAGUAUGUUCAACAAUCCGCCUUGCAGAGGGGGGAGAGUAAGGAACAAGCCAAACUGGCAGCAAGGGAAGUAUAUGAGAAUGCUUGCAUGCGCGCUGUCAAUCAGAGUAUUGGCAGGGCGAUUCGUCAUAAAAAUGACUAUGCUGCCAUAGUCCUUCUGGACAAGCGGUUCAAUUUGGAUAGGAUACAAGGUAAACUGCCCGGCUGGAUACGAGAAGGUCUAAUUCAAGAUGGAAUCUCAAAGCCUUUUAACACGUUGAUGAGCAGCGUGUCAACAUUUUUUAGAUCAAAGAAAAUCUAA